AUGGGGAACCAGCAAUCAUCACAGCAGGGAGGUGGUCCUGGUCAAGGAGGAAAAGAUGACAAGGACAAGAAGAAGGAUAAGCCCAAGUAUGAACCUCCUCCGCAGCCCACCACUAGAAUCGGCCGCAAGAAGCGCAAGCAAGCAGGCCCAAGUGCUGCCGCAAAGUUGCCCACCAUUUACCCAACCGCCCGUUGCAAGCUACGAUAUCUUCGAAUGCAAAGAGUCCAUGACCAUCUCUUACUAGAAGAGGAAUAUGUCGAAAACCAAGAACAGAUCCGGAAAACCAAAGCUGCUCAGACACAAGCUCCCGCUGCUGCUACAGACGGCGAACUCCUCGAUCGCAACUCCGAUGAAAGAAGUAAGGUCGACGACAUGCGAGGUAGUCCGAUGGGAGUCGGUAAUCUGGAAGAACUGAUUGAUGACGACCACGCUAUUGUCUCCUCCGCCACUGGCCCCGAGUACUACGUCUCUAUCAUGUCGUUCGUCGACAAGGAUCUCCUCGAGCCCGGCGCCUCGAUCCUGCUUCAUCACAAGUCGGUCUCUGUCGUCGGUGUACUUACCGAUGAUGCUGAUCCUUUGGUAUCCGUGAUGAAACUGGAUAAAGCACCUACAGAAUCCUACGCUGAUAUUGGUGGAUUGGAAUCCCAAAUACAAGAGGUACGGGAAGCCGUUGAGCUCCCCUUACUGCAUCCAGAGUUGUACGAAGAGAUGGGUAUAAAACCUCCGAAGGGUGUUAUUCUCUACGGUGCCCCCGGCACAGGCAAGACUCUUCUCGCCAAAGCCGUCGCAAACCAAACUUCGGCCACCUUCCUCCGCAUCGUGGGCUCCGAGUUAAUCCAGAAAUACCUUGGUGAUGGUCCCCGACUAGUGCGUCAGUUGUUCCAAGUUGCCGCUGAAAACGCGCCUUCAAUUGUGUUCAUUGACGAAAUCGACGCCAUCGGCACGAAACGUUAUGAAUCAACAUCCGGAGGUGAGCGGGAGAUUCAGCGUACCAUGUUGGAACUGCUCAACCAGCUUGAUGGGUUCGACGACCGCGGUGAUGUGAAAGUGAUCAUGGCGACCAACAAGAUUGAAACCUUGGAUCCUGCCUUGAUCCGACCCGGCCGUAUCGAUCGCAAAAUUCUCUUCGAGAAUCCUGAUACCGCCACCAAGAAGAAGAUCUUCACCCUCCACACGAGUAAGAUGUCACUUGCCGAAGAUGUGGAUCUCGACGAGUUCAUUGCCCAGAAGGACGACUUGAGUGGUGCCGAUAUCAAGGCUAUCUGCUCCGAAGCUGGGCUGAGGGCUCUGAGAGAGAGGAGAAUGAGAGUCAACAUGGCCGACUUCCGGAGCGCAAGGGACAGUGUAAUGAAGACGAAGAACGAGGGCGAGCCCGAGGGUCUAUAUUUGUAA